AUGCUGGACACUCUUGGCAAUCUUUCUCUCCAUAAGUCCAAUGAUGCAAAGUUGUUUCCCGUGGCCCUAAUCGCUUUUAUUGACUUGAUCGGUUCAGAAGUGAGUGAUGACAUCGUUGAAUGUGUCCUCUCGCAACUUUGUCGAUGGCUAAAGCGUACAAGAUGUCCCAUGUCCGAAAAGGCUCAGAACCUUUUUAAGGAUCGUCUUUCUUCGCCAAAGACCUCGUCGAAUGUUCGACUAGCUCUCCUCAAAUGCCUUGAUCAGGCCUACCGCUCAGGCGUCAGGAUAGCGAAAACGUUCACUCCGCUGCUCGUGAGUAUUGCUCGGUCGGCAAAGACAGAGGCUCCAGCAUCUCCAAAGGUGUGCGAGGCCCAAGCUGCCGCCUGUCUUUGGCUCCAGAUGAACAGCACGCCCGAUAAGACCCCGGACUCCCUCUGGGAAGUCCUAGAAGGCAUCAAGGUUGACAGAAAAGAGGCUGUAGAAAAUGCAGAGUCCCUGCCCAUUUGGCUGCGGCACCGAUUUCUGCUUGCCGCCUCUGAGGAUGUUCAGUCCUAUCUGGUUCAUGUGAUAUACCUCCUUCUCUCGAAUCACCCUUCCGAGCUGUCCGAUGAUCAGAAAAGUUGCUUCUACCGGACACUGUUGCUGCUGUGGCUCUACACGGACUCCAAGUCCGUCCUCGUCGAUAUUCGAUGCUGCCUCACAUUCCACACGAUGAAAGAUCCCUGUGGUCGCAGCCAGGCCCUUCUCGCCUCCCUGACCCAGUUAGUUGAUGAUGGUGAGAAGGCCAGAUCGGCACCGGCCAGUAUCGCCUCAAAUGACCUG